GCGCCCAGCGGUCACUAAAUGACGCCCAACCUCGCCCAAUGGGGCAUCGAGAACUAUUGCAUUGAAGGCGGCACGUCGUACUAGACGCACGAUCUUUGCGAUAUCUCUCUGAGUUCGCUUAUACUCACAAACUCACCAGCCUAUUCGAUGUAUCGCCCAGUCCGGAUUUCCUCUAUGCUAGCGCUUCCGGAUCGCAUGAUGGGGGAAAUUUAUUCUCCUCGUUGAAGCAUCUACGAUUUAACCUUAAUCCUUGGGGUCACAUCCCAACUGUACUCGCUGCCGCACUGAACCUUUUCCUCUCUUCUUGUCCUGGACUAACUUCCCUUUCGCUUGUCAUUCCGUGUUAUCAAGAAUUUGACCCGAACCGUGACCAGAACACUUGGCCUCUCUCUCUAAUCUUUACAACAAUCCUCUCGCGUCAUGGACAGUCACUUAAUACCCUCCGACUGCACCAAGCGGAAGAGAUGUUUGUCGAAAGUAAUUCUCGGACGUGUCUUUCUGUGAAUGAGCUUCGCCAGCUCCGUGGCAUGGUUCCGCAUCUUGACCAGCUAGAGUUUGAUGUAGACCGUACGGGUGAUGGUAUGCGCGAACAAGAUAUCUAUGCUAUCCUCGCCAGAAUUCCUACCCCUCAAAAAGUGGCAGUGAAGGGAUAUAUCCUCUAAUACAAGCAGACACGGUUCGAAUAAUGUGGAAUACUUUCACUAAAAAUAAAGUUGGGCUUCCUCUGCAGGAGUUUAUUUUGAAAGUGGGAUAUGACUUUGGACAGUCAUUCCUGAUGAGAAGAGGCGAGAGGGAUGAUGAGGAUGGGGUGGAGUUAGAACUUUAUGUGGGCC